GUUCUGCUUCCACCCUGGACCUUCCACAAAUCUAGUUUCCAAUAUACCUCACAACCUCUGAGGGUGCCUGCCAUAGAUGUGGGUGAAACGUUAGGAGAGAAUGCUUCUGGAACAUGGCCAUACAGACCGGAAAACUCGCAGCAACUCAGUGAUUCUGGCCAUGAAAGCUUCGAAGACACAUUGGACGCAGAAGAGUUUUCAGGCCAUAUCUUUGAAAGAAGGACAGUACCUCAAGGCGAAGGGAAACCUCCAGAGUUCCAACGCCUAAAGGGAGGAGAGAAGGAAGGCACCCCGAUCGGGUUUCGCCUUGAAGGGAGGCAAAACAAGUUGUCUGUUUCUGAAGCCCAUCCCAGCCGAGCGAAGGCUGCCUCUCAAUGCCAAGGGUAGCCCAAUUUCUCCCUCCUCCCAGCCCACUCCUCCUUGGGCGUCCUUUAAAGAUGGGGCUCUUUUGUCAGGUAGAGUCAAUCUGCUUCCUUCCUUUGAGGAAAGGGCUCCCCUUCCCGCCUUCCCCUCUGAAUUAUCUUUCUUACUAAUGUAAUGAUUCCGUUUUGAUUCAACCACCUUCUCCUCGGUUCUCAACGCCUGGUGACUAAAACCUACCUGUGGUUUCAGAGUGAAGCAAAUGGAAAAGAAAUCUAUUCAGAAGAAAUUAUACUGAGGUCAUCUCAGGACGGCUCUUUUUGUGCCAUUCAUUCCUAGAAUCGCAUCUUUUCCCUUCUCACCUUUCAAACAACAAAAAGGGCUCCAGAGGAAACGUGUUGGGCUUGUUUUUUUUUUUAAAGGCGUUCAAAAGAGAAAGGGUUCAGCUCCCAAAGUGUAUGGUAAUAGACCGCUCUGGCUCUGUUUUGUUCCUGGACUGGGUUAUUUGUUCCCGAGAGCUUAAUUUACUGCAAGGCGAAUUGACAGGAUAUCACUAAUAAAGUCAUUUUACCCUCCUGAUGCGGUGUGAAUUUGGUUAUGGGGCUUUUAAAACUGUCCAAAAUUGGAGCCAGGGAUGGAGGUUAAGGCGGGAGGAUGCUACAUAAGUAAACAAAGCCAUGUUGGUAAGGGGCUCAACGCCAGUCUCUAACGUUAUAGAAAUAAUAAUAAUAAUAGUAUUUCACGUCCCCCUCUCGCAUCUUCACUUCUUUGAACAGCAACAGACCGAGUCAGCAAUAUUUGGAAAGCGAUUUUGCAAAAGAAAAUAAAAAUCUAGGCAGGAAGGAGAGAGCAAAGAAGCAAACAAAAGAGCUAAUAGAUAGCAACAUCCAAGUGAAAAACCCCUUUUAGAAAAGAUCCACAUUGCGUUCUAUUUUUAAACCAAAAGGAAUGAUUUUCUAUUGCCAAGUGUAAAAUAUUUUUGAGGCUUUGGGUGACUCCUGCCUAAAGUAAUCCGAAGUAUUACGAGAUUUUUAACACACAUCUUGACGUCUCUUCCCUCGAUAUUUAAGUACUGUCAACAUUCCUUAUGUGCACUCGAAGCUUCUUCUUUUUUCAUUGUAUUGGAAUUAAUUGCUGUUAGUACUGUCGAUUAACAAAUAGGUGACAAAUAGGUGAAAAUCGUCCGAAAUGUUCUGCAAAACACCCUGAACAAACAUGCCUACUUUCAACUUCCAGUUUCAACGAGAUACAGAGAGAAAGAGGAGGGAUAGGCAGCCCACCCCUUCCCAGCACCAAACCCAAGGACAAACGACUUUAAUCAGAACCUUAAUUUUUUCGCCCCUCCCCUUUUAUUUAGCUGGUAAAAUAAAGGUCACCAGGCAUUGUGACCAUACAUUGAUUGACAAUAAACAGCAGCAUUAAAUAUUCACUAUACCACUUUUCCAUAAUAAAUAUUUAACCAAACGUCAGAAGAUGCUUUGGAGUAAGUAUCAGUCCUCGACUUAAUUCAUUGGGUCCAGGUCUUGAUCUGUUUUCCCCCAACCCAGGCCGCUACCUUUAGACGAAUGUACUGCAAUCCUAAAACAUCCUAAGGAAUAGAAGCUUAUCCCAGCUCAUUACACGUAAGUUUCUGCUGGUUAUGAAGUUUAUGUCUGGUACUCUGCUAUAUUUCUGGUGAGAUCACCCCAACUGAGGGUUAUUUUGAGCUUAACCGCUCAGAUUCCCCAACAUUCUGCAAAAGUCCUUAAGCCAGGCCUAAAUGUGUUCAAGUUUGGACUUAAAUCCCUUGAAAAAGUUUCAAAGCUUUCACUGCUUGGCGGCACUGGAGAGAUGUGUAUAUGUAUAUAUGUAUAUUGUUAUAUAGCAUCGCUGAUUUUGGGCAUACUUGAGGUUCAGGUUUAAGGGAACAGCCAAGGUUAGAAACUGGCUCCUCUCCCUCCUUCUUUACCUAUUUCAAAGUUUCCAGGAAUAUAACAAUAUAGAAAGGUGUGUUGUUGAAGGCUUUCAUGGCCGGAACCACUGGGUUGCUGUGAGUUUUCCGGGCUGUAUGGCCACGUUCCAGAAGUAAACAGCCCGGAAAACUCUCAGCAACCCAAUAUAGAAAGGUGUUUUCUACUCUCCUAGCAGGAUCUUGAGAAUGGUUUGGGAAACUUAACUGAAGAAUCCUUUCUCAGUCCUCUGGGCUGGUUCCAGUCAUUACUAGGAUUAUUAUUAUUUUAAGGAGUAGGAAUGGGGGAGGAGAAUAUAUAUGCCUUAUCACGCCUAAAAUGUGACUGCCCUGGAAAAAAAAGAACAAACAUGUGACCGGGGAGAAAUUACAGUUCACACAUCUCUUAGACCCUCCCUCACCUCCCCCACCCCACACCCCAUAUCCCAAUCCCUCCUUGAACCACUCAGUGGAAGCAAAACCCAAAUGGAGGAGAAGAAGAGAGAGAGAGAAAGAGAAAGAGAGAAGUUCACCAGCUCUCCAUCCCCUCGCUCUCUACUCUGAAUGCAGCUUCUAGAGAGAGAGAGAGAGAGAGAGAGAGAGAGAGAGAGAGAGAGAGAGAGAGAGAGAGAGAGAGAGAGAGAGAAGUUCACCAGCUAUCCAUCCCUUUGCUCUCUGCUCUGAAUGCUGCUUCCAAUCCAAAGGGUGGGUGUGUGCUGGUGCUGGUGGUGGUGGUGGUGCGCCUGGCAGCAGAAAAUGAUUACAAAUCUGCGAUUGAUUUUCAUAAUGUUUCUGCGGUGUUUGAAAACCAAUCGUUUGAACCUCUGAGAUCUUACCUAAGUGAACCACUCCUACGCCUACGCGCGCCCUAAGUGCUUUCCCCUCCAAACUGAUAUAUGACAAUAUCUACUUUGAGGGGGGGGAUCACGUGUCCUGGAGCGAGCGACUAAGACGGAUCGCGCGUCAUCUCGCCGACCCCAAAUUUGUUUCCCCCCCUCUGCACCUCGGAUCCCCAAACCCGGCCGUGUCCGCCAGGAGCCCAAAAGGCAAGCACGGGAAGAUGUUUAACUCGGUCAACCUGGGCAACUUCUGCUCGCAGUCGCGCAAAGAGCGGAGCGGGGACUUCGGGGAGAGAGCCGCCGCCGCCGCCGCUGCCGGGUGCGCCUCCAACCUCUACCUCCCCAGCUGCACCUAUUACGUGCCCGAGUUCUCCGCCGCCGUGUCCUCCUUCCUGCCCCAGGCCCCCUCGCGACAGAUCUCCUACCCGUACUCGGCCAACCUCUCGCAAGUGCCCCCCGUGCGGGAGGUCUCCUACGGGCUGGACCCCGCCAAUAAAUGGCACCCGAGGAGCAAUUACGCCUCCUGCUACUCCGCCGCCGAGGAGCUGAUGCACCGCGAGUGCCUCCCGCCCGCCACCAUGACCGAGAUGCUCAUGAAGAACGAAGGGGGAAGCGUCUACAGCCACCACCACCACCACCCGGGCUCUAACCACCACCCGGCGCCCACGGGCUUCUACGGCAUGAACAAGAACAGCGUCCUCCCGCAGGGCUUCGACCGCUUCUUCGACAACGCCUACUGCUCCUCCGCCUCGGCAGACAACAACCACAACAACCCCGCCGCCGCCGAGAGCUGCCUGCAGAAGGGCGAGGGCAAGCUGGACCCCGGCGAGAGCCAGCCCGACGCCGACCCGGAAGACGAGGAGGACAACACCAACCCGGGCUCCUCCGCCUCCUCCGCCUCUGUCAACAAGGAAGGCAGCAAAGCCAGCAACGCCAGUGCUCCCCGCACGAGGAAGAAGCGCUGCCCUUACUCCAAAUUCCAAAUCCGAGAGCUGGAGCGAGAGUUUUUCUUCAACGUCUACAUCAACAAAGAGAAAAGGCUGCAGCUCUCGCGGAUGUUGAACCUGACCGACCGACAGGUCAAAAUUUGGUUUCAGAACAGAAGGAUGAAAGAAAAAAAACUCAGCAGAGACCGCCUGCAAUAUUUCUCUGGAAACCCCUUAUUGUGAACCUCUCUUCUUCUUUUUUGUUGUUGAUGUCGUUGUUUCAAAGAGAAAACAAAAAACACCUUUUAAACAAAUCCCUCUGCUCGUUGAAGAAUCCUGUGUAUGAAGAAAGGAACGGUGUGGUUGACUGACUGUGUGGAGCCUACAAGCAGCCCUCCGCCUUUGAAAAAUUUUCCUCCUUCCUUCUUUCCUUCCGUUUGUCUGUUUCGGGACCUGUUCGGGGCAUUCAGAGAGGAGUCACUUAUAUUCCUUCCAAACAUAAGUUGGGGACAAAAAGGACUUGAAUACUGUGCGAACUAUAUUUGUUUGUCUGUUUUUUAAUUUAACGUUAAGUGGAGAAGAAGGGGGAUUGUUUUGAUUCGGAUUUCUUUGCUCCGUUUUCCUCUUCCUCUUCGUCCUUUUUAUUCCAUGUCCCUUGGAAGAAAUGGCAGCGCUGUGUCCAGAGCCGUAUGGCUCUCUUCCUCCUUUAUUUUGAUGUGCAAAUCGAUGACAUUUCGGCUUAGGCCUUCAGAAGCUGGGAGAAGAGAUGGGGGGGGGGGGCUGUGAGUGUGUCACCAGAUGCGCGCGAUCGUGCGCGUGCGUGUGUGCGUAUGUAUGUGUCUGUGUGCGUGUAUAUAGCCACACGUGUCCAUCCGUGCACACACCCGCCCACCAUCCCUUAGGGUUCCCCUGCUGUACAUUGCCAAGGACUGUUGUGCGUUGAAAGCCAUUGGAAAUAAUAAUAAUCACCUCUCCAAAACGGUGGUGUCCCUGCAAUGGCCUGGUUUCGGUCAAUUCCCUCGUGGAUCUUUCCCCUCCUUGUAGGCCCACUCUCUGCAAUCCUAGCUUGGGUUGACCCCCCACUUUUCAGCCCUUUCCGCCCCUUCCUGCAUCUGGGCUGGGGAACAGGGAGGGCGGACUGGGCUCCAAUAAAUUUGCAAUAACUGUCUCUUAAAGAGUGUGUCAAUGCAUUUCCCCAUCCUGGACCUGGGCGGCCAACAGCAGGAGCAGAGCAACAACAACAUGAACAACAAACAACCACAACUGGCAACAACAGCGGCAGCAAACAAUGUCGAUUAUAAAUUUAAAAAAAAACAAAAAACCUUUGUGUAUGUAAAGAAGUGAAUCCCGGGAAAACUCUGUGAAAUUCUGUGGCAAAUAAAGACAUUUCAAGCUGUUCUA